CCCAUACACGCACUACGAAGAAGGGGAAAACCACUCUCCCCCGUCUCCAGCUCUUCGUUCCGGGCACUUAGGGUACAAGACACUAUAUCCCUCCCUCCCUCCACAUCUACAUACACACACACACACACACACAUCCAUACGCAAUGGCCACAGUAUCAUCCCAUCAUUCCAAGCCUCACCUCCAAGCCCUAGACACAAUGAAGCCCGUAGAGAACGAGGAGAUAGAAUCAGGCUACGCCUCAGCCACAUCCUCCUUCUCAUCAUCCGCCAGUUCCUCCACCACCAGUCUUCCGCAGAUCACCCUCACGAAGCCGCACCUGCGGUACCUGAACCAGCAGAUGGAGAAGAUGACGCCGCUAGAGCGUAUACGGUUCUCCAUGCACUUGUUCCCCAACCUGUACCAGACGACGGCCUUCGGGCUUACAGGUCUAGUGACGAUCGACAUGCUCUCCAAGCUCGCGACCUCGGACAGCACACUGCCCCGUGUCGACGCCAUCUUCCUAGACACAUUGUACCAUUUCCGCGAGACAUACGAUCUCGUCUCGCGGGUGCAGGAGCGCUACCCCGCUAUCAAGCUGCACGUAUUCAAGCCAGACGGGACGUCUACCGCGUCGGAAUUCGAGUCGCUCUACGGCGAGCAGCUGUACGACACGGCGUCCGAGCUGUACGACUGGAUCGCGAAGGUCGAGCCCCAGCAGCGCGCGUACGCAGAGCUGAACGUAGCGGCGGUAUUCACGGGUCGUCGGCGCAGCCAAGGCGGCGAGCGGGACAAGAUCCCGAUCCUCGAAGUCGACGACGAGCGAGGCAUAGUAAAGAUCAACCCCCUGCUGGACUGGUCUUUCGCACAAGUCAAGGCGUACAUCACCGAGAACGACGUGCCGUACAACGCCUUGCUCGACCAGGGUUACAAGUCCGUCGGCGACUGGCACUCGACGUCGCCCGUGGCGGCCGGCGAGGACGAGCGCGCGGGGCGAUGGAAGGGCCAGCAGAAGACCGAGUGCGGCAUCCACAACAAGAAGUCGCGGUAUGCGCAGUUCCUGCUCGAGCAGAAGCUCAAGGACGCUGCCGCUGCUGCGGAGGCAGCCGAGGCGACUGUGGAGGUUCAGGAGGAACUCACCUCGGCUCUGGAGAAAGUCGAGAGGGAACGGGAGCAGCAACAGGAGCUGAGGCAAGAUUUCGCUACUGGCUGCUGGGUACCCGUGUUAUAAUCAACGUCGCCAUUCUCCCGCUGUCGCUCCUCCCCUUCCUCUCCCUAAUCAUCUCAUCCCUCCUAUCUCCCGCCCUUCUCCCCAUCGAACGAACCGGGACAGCCUCAAAUCAUGAUUACACGAACUUGCAUAUCGGUUGGCAUUCUUCCAUCAUUAGCAUCUCUUCCUCCUCCUCCUUCUUCUUCGAUAAUAGAACAGAAUCGCGCAGCAAACCCAAAAGGUGAUGGAUAGGGUGGAGCAGUAUCAAUUUGUGUUUGUUUUCCAAAGUCUGCAUGGCGUUUGUGGAGUUUUCCAGUCUUUUGUCUU